GCGGUACCAACAGUGCCUUGUGGCUCUGAGCGCAUUUCCUUUGGCGCAAGCACUGCAGCGGCCGGGGGAAGGCUCGUCAGCGGCGCACAUUUGCGUCCGCUGCUGCUCAAGAAACUACAGGAGGCUGGAAAAUGUUAUCAUUCAUGCAAAGUCCGUUUAAAACGGCUGAUUACAAUACAUCGUCGCCUUAUGGAGACUUUCUUGUGUAAUUUUGCAUCGGAGCUAUUGUGGCGCCGAUAUUUCCCAUUUGCAUCCUGUAUCCUCCUCGUCAUCCCCAUCAUCAUCAGACAGAGAGAGAGAGAGGAAACAACUGCAUGCUGCAGCAUUGUGAACAGUGGAAGGCUGCAUAUGCUGCAUCUCGGCUGAAGUCCCCACUAAGCAAUGCCCUGGACUUCUUCACCUUCUUGGAUUGAGAUCACAGUACAGCUCUCUGGGAUAUAGAUCGACCGCCAGCAUGUUGCAGCCGUCCAGCAGAGCAGGUGGCAGGCUGUUGAAAACAUCACCUCCCUGGAGUGAGUGUUGGGAAUGGGCCCUCUCCCUCACCGUGUGCUUAGGUCUCCUCUGGCCUCCAGGGGCAGCGGGGUCGGCGCUAAACUGUCACAAGACUUGUAUCUGCGCCUCCAACAUAAUGAGCUGCUCCAAGAUGAAUCUGACCAACAUUCCGACAGGGCUGCCACUCUACACAGCCGUUCUGGAUCUUAGCUACAAUGAGAUCACAAGCUUGAGGUCAGAGUGGACUCCUGUGAAGCUCCCAAAACUCCGCAACCUGCUUCUGAGUCACAACAGCCUUCACUUCCUGUCUUCAGAGGCCUUCAACUAUGUGAAGUACCUGCGCUACCUGGACCUGUCCUCCAACAGCUUGCAACUACUGGAUGAGUUUGUCUUUGAGCCUCUGGUCAACCUGGAGGUUCUCUUGUUGUACAAUAACAAAAUUUACCAGAUUGACCGCUCAGCUUUUAUCACCAUGGUCAAUCUCCAGAAGCUCUACUUGAGCCAGAACCAAAUCUCCCGAUUCCCUUUGGAGCUUGUCAAGGAAAAGUCCCAUCUGGAGAAACUUAGCUUGCUGGAUGUGUCAUCCAACAAGAUUAAAACAUUACCUAUUGAUGAGCUUCAAGUCCUGCCUGCCUGGAUUAAAAAUGGCCUGUAUUUCCACAACAACCCCCUGCUGUGUCACUGUGACCUCUACACACUUCUCACGCACUGGAACAUCCGAAAGCUCAACUCAGCCGUGGACUUCAAAGAUGACUUCACAUGUGUUCUGCCAGGCCCGCAAAAAACUCAAGUGGAUGUUUUCGAUCUGAGCAGUGACACCAUGAACUGCAGCACUUUCAAGGAGGCAGAACAAGAGGCUUUUCUGGAGCAAUCGCUGCUCCUCGGCUGCGACACGAAACACAGGAACAUGUUAAAAACUUGGACACUUCCUGGUAAUGUGGCAGUGAUACCAGGAGGCAACCAGAGUGCUAAAGUCUUGCCAGAUGGCAGUCUUCAAGUUAAUCCAGUGAGAUCUGAUGACUCUGGAACCUACACCUGCUUUGCCACCAGCGAGACCUUCAAUGAGACCAUCUAUGUGGUACUGAAGGUCCACAACUUCACCAUGCAUGGCAGUGGAGAUACCCUGAACACGGCAUACACCACCUUAGUGGGCUGCCUGGCCAGUGUGGUUCUGGUACUUGUUUAUCUCUACCUUACACCGUGUCGCUGCUUCUGCUGCCCCAAUAAGGGUAAAAAUAGGGCGGAGGACAGCAUCCACUCAUCCAUGUUGAGCGUGACACCGACCCAUGGGGAGCCGGCGUUCAAGGCAGAGCUCAACAGGCAUGUGGCAUUCAUAGACUCCAAGGAGGCACAGCGCCAGAAUGGCAAGCUGAACCCUAACGCGAAUGAGGACGAUGAUGACAUAGACGUAGAGGCCAGUUCACUUAUGAAGGGAAAGAGAAAGAAGUCUGUAGCAGAGUCCAUCAGCUCGGUCUUCUCAGACACUCCUAUGAUGGUCUGAGGUGAGAGGUGACUUAUACUAGCAGCCUUGCUUAAAGGAACAUGGGAGAAGACAAUUUUAGAUAAGAGACUUUAUGGACGUGAACGGUCUUGUUGUCAACCAUUAGCAGGACUUUUCCAGCAUUCUAAUGUGUAGCACUUAAUUUAAUUCAUUUACUGUGAAGGAAGGGCAGUGUGCAAGAAGAAUGGAAACUAUUGACGUCUUAAGCACUCACCAUAUGAUAGCUCAUUUCGCACUAAGGUGGGACAGGAAUUCUAUUUGAGAAAAAAAUAGCACAUAGAAUCAUUACAAAGACUAGAAUAGAUUGUUUCUAGCCUAUAGUAGCAUAGGGGACAGAUGGGCAUCAGCGCAAUAUGAAUACAUCUGUCAUCAACCUUGAGUCAUCUGUAGGGGAAGCAGGAUGCUGCAUUAAAUAAAGAUAGCUCCACCAGACAUUUUAUAGAGUAAAACGUAGCAUAGACUGAUAGCAGGCGCUCAGAUGCACCUCAUCAAACUGUUCCUUUUAUAGUCGUAUGCGCUGAGGUAUAUUUUCCAUUGCUGUGUUGAGGAACAUUUAGUCAUCCUACUGCUUUUACUUCCAUUCAUUUACUGCAAGGCUUGUCCACAUUAGGGUCAGGGGUGAGCUAGAGCCUCUCACAGCUGACUUCGGGCGAGAGGCAGGGUACCCCCAGGACCAGCCAAUGGCAUGGACCAUAGACUCCUGAUCCAAAUUUUAGGACCAAUUGAAAAAUUGCAAGAAUUUACAUUUUGCACUGUUGGAUCUUUAGGAGGUUCUAAGUAGAGCUUCAAAAUGAAGAAAAAUGGGAGUGAGACAAAAAAAACAUGUUGAGUAAGCAGUUUAUUGCAAACAACCAUCAAACUGAAAUAGGGUGUUCACGAGCUUUUCAAAAGCUUCAGCUCAAGAAAAUCUGAAAACCCAACUCCCCCCCAAAAUAGAAAUGAAAUUUUCAAAAAAGGUCUCAGUCAUGAGUAGCUGCACCAUUCUUGUUAAUCACCUCAAAAAUUUAUUUCAGCUUUGGCUUGUUGCCAGUGUUUCCUGGCUCGUGGGAAUUUUGCUCCAGGUGGUGAAGAUGGCUUCACGGAGGGCAUUCACUGUAACUGAACUGAUGUCCAUUUUUGUAAACUCCCUGCAGACGUCCCCAAAAAAUCUCAGUUGGAUUUACUGUAGAUAAGGGAAACACACAGGAUGAUUCAAAAGAGUGACGUUAUUCCUCUGGAAGAAGUCCUUUUUCAGUCAGGCAUUGUAAACUCCAGCAUUGCCCUGUUGAAAAACCCUGUCAUUACCACACAGACAAGGGCCUUCAGUCAUGACGGAUGCAAUAGCUCCACAUAGCCAGCUGCCCUUUGAGGCCUCUGCACAACCUGAAACUCCACUGAAGGAAAAAGCACCCCAGAUCAUGAUGGCACCCCCUCCACUGUGCAAGGCCUUUGAAGACAUUUUUUGGUAUUAAAAGCCUUCUUUCGCAGAUGCUGCCUGAUGGUUAUCGGACUGCAUUCGGCACCAGUAACAACAUUAAUUUGGACCAUGUCUUGACAGCCAGUCAGAUUGGAAUUUUUUGGGGGUCUACCAAUUGACUAUAACCCUCAGGAUCUUUUAAGAAGUUGGAUGACUGUCUUAUUGCAUCCAAAUUCAGCAGCAAUGCCGUGCUGUGAGAGGGCCUUACUGAUGCAGCUCAACAAUCCAACCGCGUUCAAAGAGAGAGUAUUUUUGCCUUUGCCAUCCAGAGAUCAUGACAUUGUGAAAACUUGACAGAAAAUGAUAUUGAAUGCACAUUUUUGCCAAGAUUUUGGCUUUUGAAGGCUGUAGUCAAACUUAUGAUCAGCUGGUGAACAGCCUAUUUCAGUUUAAUUUGUUAUUUGUAAUAAAGUGCAAAAUGUAAAUCCUUGCAAAUUUUCAAGUGGUGUUAAAAUUUUGAUCAGGGGUAUAAACAAACAAUCAUUCACAGUCUCCAAUUAACCUUACAUGCAGAUUUUUGGAAUGCACGCACAAAACAUGCAAACUCCACACAGAGAUACCCAGAUGGAGAUUGGAACCCUUGAUCUCCCAGCCAUGAGGUAAACAUGCUAACAACUAGGUCACCGUGCAGCCCCUACUGCAUUUACCUGUAGUAAAAAAAACCCCAAACAAAUAGAAACAAGUCAUUUCACAUGCAUGCGUCAGAAUAAUUCCCUCAUAUACUCUAUAUAAACUUCUGAAAACUUAUGUGACAAAAACAUAAAUAACCUACUGCAAAUAAAUAUUCUUUGCCGGGAAGAAUCUUGAUAUUACAUAUCGUAAACUACAAGUAAACAAGUUUACAAGUCAACUACAAAAAGUUCAGUUGUCUUUAAUUCAACAUGACCUGGAUGACUGGGAAUCUACACUUCCAUGUUGAUACAAGGAUGUAUACAGAAAAGUGCAGCCUUCUAACUGUUGGUGUGGUCACUGGUGUGAGUUUGUCUCCCCAUUCCAGGAAAUAAAACCCUAAUCAGUCACAAAAUAACAUCUGAUCCAAACAUAACAUAAAUUCAGACAUUGGAUCAAUUUUAGCCUGUGAUCGGCAGGAAAUUCAACAUUGGAACAUUGUACAUUGAACAUUGUCAAUACAUGGCCUUAAGCCUGCAGCAUUCGCUGGAAAUGUGCACUAGCGACAUAUGUAACAUCAUUUGAUGGUAUUAGUUGCUGUCUGAAAAAUCUUUCAGACAAUUUAACGGCUAUAACGGAAUAUUUUGUAAUUUCAUUCAGUGUUCAAGUCUGUGACUUUUGUCUAUGGGAUGGUAUGGUUUACUUGUUUUGGACAUGCUUAAAUUACAUUAAUUAAUUCACACUCACUAUGUCUUUACAUAAUGACAAUUACAUACAUCUAUUAUGCUGCUUAUCCUCACCAGGGUCUGCUGGUCUGCUGGAGACUAUCCCAGCGGACUUUGGGCGAGAGGCGGGGUACACCCUGGACUGGUCGCCAGCCAAUCGCAGGGCACAUAUAGACAAAUAAGCAUUCACACUCACAUUCAUACCUAUGGACAAUUUAGAGUCUCCUAACAUGCAUGUUUUUGGAAUGUGGGAGGAAACCGGAGAAAACCCAUGCACGGGGAGAACAUGUAAACAGAUUCAAACCCAGAUCCUUCCGAUCUCCAAACUGUGUGGCUACAUGCUUACCAUUAUGCUACCGUGCGGCCCCGCACGACUAAAUAAAAUAAAUAUAAUUAAUGGUAAAUACAAAAUAAAAUAAGUUAGAAUAAGUAAAGACAUUGAGAAUUAUUAAUUAAUAGAUACUGGAGUAAAAAAAUGCAGUAACAGGCAAUUCAUAAAUGUUGGAUAUUGAUUAGCAGUGAUGAAGGAGGGGGGUAUAGGUACAUCACCUUUGCUGGAAAACAAGACAAUCUCGGCAUGAAUAGGAAUAAGAUGUAAUUCAAAUGUGCCAUAUGAGAGUGAUAAAACAACAAGAGUCAGCUGAAUGGGUAUUAGAUGGGUUGCAUCUUCCCUCUGUGUUGUAUGCCAUUGUGUCUUUUAUCGUGAGUCACAACACAAAAGCCAUUGUCUGAGGCUCAAUUCAGCUCUUGAUGUGUGCAUGUGUCUAGCCCUCAAAAAGCAAUUGGUCAUCCAGGAAAUGAAUAUGAUGCCCUUUUCGGAGUAUGUGAAAUGGCCACAGCGUUUAUUAAAUGCUUGCUCAUUAAAUGAAUCCAUCGUUUAGAAAAUAAUUCACUGGGAAUAAUAGGAGGAUGCAAAAAUGAAUGAUGAAGUGAAGUCAGUGUAGUCCUUUAUAAGGUGCUUUGGGUGAAAUGGGUGGAAUGUUCUGAGCAUCUUCUAUGUGGGUGCGAAAAGGAAGUCACACUUGUCAAAAGAAGUGGUGUGUGAAUCACUCCACUCUCACAUAGGAAUAUACGACAUUGGGUCUGAAAUAACACAAGCUUCAUUAAGAUGAAGACACAUUUAGCACUAAUGCAGCAGUUGGCAUCAACUCUGAGCCACUUUGAAGGGUGCAAACCUCUUUCAGACUUGCCCUUCAGGAUGGAUGUGUUCUCGCUCUGAAACUUUGGGGUGAACAUGGGAAAUUGCAAGAGGUUCAAAAUAGAUCUGCCUUCCUACAUAUCGACAUAUAAACGCGUAUGUGUAUUAAGAUUCUCUUAUCUGUGUUCAGUAUUAUAGUUGUACAGCUAUGUUCUAUCAGUGUACUGUACAUGUACUGUUGUAUAAUCUGACCUUGUCUGACCUGGUCUGCUUUUGUGCUAUUGUUGUUUAAACAUACAUAAGUCUUCACAUAUAACUAUAUUUUUAAAUAGAUUGUGUUUCAGGGUUUUUUUUAUAGAAAGAUGAUGCAUUUUCCAUCUAUCUAUCCAUUUUCUGUACCGCAUGUCCUCACCAGGGUCACGGGGAUAUGCUGUAGCCUAUCCCAACUGACUUCAGGCGAGGUAGAUGAUGAAUUUUUCAUUUGUUAAAUCAGAAAAAAUAUAUUGUGACAUUUAUGAAAAAGCCAGAACAUCCUAACAGGCAGUGAUUAUGUAGCUGAAAGUUAUUUUUAGCCAGCAUUUGACUUAAAGCCAUAAGAAGGUCAAAGACAAAGUACUGUGAUCUGGUUGGGUCAGGCAAUGUCUGAUGACUCAUGAAGAAUAUAAUUUGGCCCUUAAGGAUCACAUCUUCAUUAGAUAGUACUGUUAUAAAUCCAACGCUUGGUGAAUUCUUGCUUCACAAUGAUAGGCAGAGCCGACGUCAAAGGAUCAACAAGACGAACGCUUGGCCACGACAAGCCAGUUCUAACGAAAACAGCACACACAUUACUACAAGUAUUUGGGAUGGAUCUAAAAAGGGAAAAAAAGCAAAACCAAAAUGACUAUAUCCGUGAACCAGAAUACUGUAUUUGGUUGCUAAGAUAUUACAAUGUAGUUGCAAUAAUGACACAUAAUUUCUCACACAGAUAAAUUGUGUGGUCUCUGUCAAACAAUAUAUGUAAUUGACCACCAUUGCAAAGAUGAGUUUGCUGGUCAAAUGUAGAAUGGCUUUGCAUGGUAUGCUUUGGAGCUUCUCUGACUGCAAAUUAGGUGUGGCCCUUUGGCAUAGCGGUAUCACAAACAUAUAUCACUUGAUUAAAUAAACGACUGAUAUUGACACACUGUGCUGCCUCCAUCUUUUAACGCUUGCCCUUGUGGGAAUAUGGGAAUCUCCAGUGCAAGACCUUAAAAAAAAAAAAAAAAAAAAGUAAAUUGGAGGUGUGGGCGCCACCUUGUGGUACAAUGAUGUAGCGUUUCUUUCACAAUAACAUUACUGUACAUUGCAUAGCAAUGAUUUGUUUUUGCUCAGUAAAAAACACGCACAAAAUCUAUAAUUUAGGAAACCUGGAAAGGACAAAUCCCAUUCUUGUGUCAUUAGGUACAACAAAACUCAGCCAAUGAGGCCUCCAGAGUUAGGAACUGUUUUGCCAUAAAAUGUUUAAUAAAAUGUUCAAUGUAUAAUUUCAAUUGCUUUUAAAUAUUUAUGUUUUUUAUGUUAAUCUACAUGAAGGCAAAUAGACAUUUUAGAACAAUUGGCUGUCAGAAAAACUCAUUCCAUGCGUCAUAGUAUAUACUGUAUAUAUACACCUAGAUACAAUCAGGCCAUCACAGAAAAUGUAGGCAGCAGCUGCAGGAAUCAGUAAGCCUCUUCUUCAAGUUGUCUUUUUCUCCUGAAUAAAGAAGAAAUGGUCACUGCAGAGGUAUUUAUAAAUUGUUUACAUUUCGUUGCAUACUGUAACACACACCUCAGUAUGACAACAGCAUAUCUAUUACAAUGUGGUGCUGAUCUGAAUUGUUAAAUAUGUGCUUGUGUAUAUAACGACGGGUCAAGUGAGUGCACAUUAAUUUGUGGCAUUCAAGAAAUCUAUCACAUGGAAGCUUGCAGCUGUAUACUCACUCUUCGGGACGCCGACAUUUCCCCACGACUUCUUGACAGCACUUUCCCAAUGCUCUCUCCCUUCCAGGAGACGGGGCACGUAAGGGAGGACAAACGUUGACACUUAAGAGGCUGGGAGUCACUGCCACUUUUUCGCUUUUGCCCAAGAGGCCUUUGGUUAGAGCCUGACAGUUUGUGUUUUACAUGUUGUGACCUUGCUUUACCAGUAGAAAAUAAUUCAGAUUGCUUCUCUAAUGCUGACACGUGUCCCAUUACCGGCUGUAAAGGAAGAAGAUGGCAUAGCCUUCUUCCACGUGUGAGGUGACCAUUACAUGGUCCUUGGGGUUGACGCUUGUCUGUGCUGCAUCAUGAGAAUGUAUCCUCACUUUUGCAUGACAGCUGAUUUUGCAAAAAAUCAUAGCCGGGUGGCCCGAUAGGCUUACACCGUUGGGUGGGUCGUUUUGCAGAGGUGUUGGAGGGUAGAUUUGUACUCUGAGAUUUGGUUUCAAGUCGUCCCAUUGCGGUAGAGGCAAGACUAAGCGUGUUAACAGUGUGGGAACGCCCAGACACAUUCUUGACAGAAGACCCUGUGAUGCGAUGUGACCUGAGUCCUGAUGAUGCUUGAGGUAUAUUCCUGUAAUUUACAGGAUCAACAUAAAGCUGGUUAGGCUGCUAUUCACCGCGAUUCAUGAAAAUUAACGCAAACUCCAACCUCAAACUCAUCCCAACAAUAGCAUUUAACUGAAGAACUGGAUUCACUAACACAUACUGUACAUGCAGUUAAAGCUGAAGAACUCUGGUGUGAAAUUUCUGGCAACACUGAGAAAAUAGACAUAGUGUAUGGUGGAUGUGUCUGACGUCAUUAACUACACACCUUCAGUGGAAACACUAACCAAAUCAAGUGUUUAAUUUACUUUGAUUUAUUAAUUGGAUAAUGCACCUGGUGACUGAAUGAGGCACAUCAGAGUGGAGCCCACUAUUUUACGAUGCUCAUUAGAUAAUGUUGUUGCAGUGAUACUCACUUCCACAGGUGGGUCCUAACAUGACGCUCCAACAUGGCAGUGAGGGCAAACCGCAGGUGGUGCAGGCGUCUGUCGAAGGUGAAGAUGUUGCAUCCAAGGGUGCGGCAUCCAAAAUUGCAAAGCUAUGGAAACAAUGCAAUAGAUGGAUGUUCCUGACUAUAAGAACUUUGAACUGAAAUAUGACUCAAUGCAAGCCUUGAUGCUUCUUACUAAUUGAAAAAAAAAAAAAAGAAAGCCACAUUUGGCCCUUUACUAAAUGGAGUGUUUUUUAGCCACUCACACCCAGAGGUUUGGGGUGCCAAGACGUGGCAGGCAGGUCAGUGGCCUCCUCUUGCUCAUCAUCUUCACUUUCCUCGUUGGACAGCAGGUGUUGAUUGAAGGGAUACGGGGUUUGGACUUCCACUUUCACUGUGCCGUCAGCCUCCUCUUCUGGAAAGCUCUGUGAUGAAAUUCUGGAACGGCUUGGAGAAUACAAGAACACAAAAGAGGUUAGAAAUGAUACUUUUCUCAGUAUGAGAAAAAUAAAAAGCAAAGAUAAUUUGGGUUAUCUUCUGACAGCAAAUAAUAUAACUCAAUAAAGCUGCAGGGAUGCGGAAACAAACAGAGCACAAAUCAUCAGCAGUACAAACACUGACUGCUUUAUUGCUGAGCCCUCAGGUAUCGCAGUCAACAACUUUAAAAAAUGAGCCGUACCUGAGAAUGUGACAAUUGCUGCUCAGGCUGUUCUGUGUGAUUGUUAUUUUAUCUUUUAAAGCUUCCAAAUGCUGCUCUUUAGAUUUGUCAAGAAGCUGCUCUAUGUUUCGACACGCUGCACUCUGCUUCUCGGAGAACUGUGACCUCUGCUGCUGGAACAUGCUCUCAGUCUGUGCAAAAAGAAUAAGAGGUGGUAAAAAGACCUUCAAAUCACCACAAAUUUAUGAUUAACUAAUAUCCCCACUAUUAAUAUAAACAUUUCAGUGACAAAAGCAAUGUAUACAGGGCUAUAUUUUUGUACUUACAUUGCAUAUUAGCUUGCAAGGUGGCUUCUCUCUUGCUUGAGCCACCUCACUGCUUUGUUUCUUCAGGCCACACUCUCGCUCUAUGAAAAACCGUCACAGACUGUUUAGGACUGGGUCCUGGCCUUUUUGACCAAGACCAACAAGCAGCCCGCUAUUCUUGCAAUAUUGUCACAUACACACUGUUACGCACUAUUGUCUGACCAGUUUAAUGUGAAAGCAGAAGAACUUCACACUUGUUAGUAUUUAUAGUAAACAGCUGAGCCACAGUCUGACAUAAACUGAAAGGGACAAAAAACAAAUUCAUUUUUCCCAAAAGAAAUAUGUAAACCCAAUGGAUCUGUUCCAAUCACCCAAAAAUAUUAACACAAAACACAUCUUAUAGAGAAUAAUUCUAGUUAUAAAUGCAUAAAAAAACUACAUACAUAUAUAUGAGAAAUUAAAUGAAGGAAUGAACAAAUACUGGGGCGCCAUCCGCCCCACCAUUGCAAACUCAGCUUUAAAGAGUGGCUGGUUAGAGCUGUAUACUUGCUCACUUGAACUUGGUGUACUUCAGCGGCAGGUACAAUCAUCAUUACACACACUGGCCCGGCUCAUUAUAUGUUAUGGGUCUCCGUUAAACCAUUCCACCUGCAACCUGUUAGGAAGCCUUUACAUUACAAUCCUUCUGUAACAAACGCUACCUUCGUACUUCGCUACAAGUUCUCUCUUUAAUUCCACAUUAUUUCUCACCUUCUUUAUCACCCUUCUGGCAGUUGGACAUUUUUUGCAGCUAUAUUUAAUUUUUAAAAAGCACAGAUUCCUCUAAAACUGAGAAAUACGCAGUGCUCUUGAUGCCUCAUCAGUGCAUAGCACACACUGCUCAUUAGAAAGAAAGGAGACAAGAUAUGAGUUGUUCAUUGUUCUGUGUUAGAACAAUGAAAAACCCACCUCCCCCCAUAAUAAAGAUGAUUAGAGGAUUCCCUGGCUGGAAUCUGUAUAUAGUGUUCAGUCAUUCACAGAGACUGAACUCCUGCCCAUGUCUUUCUUUUGGGCUCUGUAGUGCUUCUUUAAUUUCUUAAGUUUGUUAUUUAUUUGCUCGAAAGACCGAACAAAGCACGCAGCAGCCAUCUCGCCUCGUUCCAGUAUUGGCUGGAUUCUUGUCGCCAUUUCAAAUCUCUUCUGCACUUCUUCGGAUGUCCAAAUGGACAAGAGACAGCGAGUUUCCUCUGGUGUCCAAUGUAAUAAAGAUGGAGGUAAUUCACUGACUU